CUUGCUAUGUAAAUAUGUGAUCUUUGAACAUUUGUGUAGCAAUCUUUUACUCUUAUCAUUAAUUCCAGUAGCCGGGAGGAUACUGGCCAUAUUUUUCCCCUUCUUAUGUUGCGCGUUGAUUAACACUUCUUCAAAAAUUCUUGGGUUAACAUCGAAUUCAAUAUCAAUAGAAAUUUCUUUUUUUCUUCCAUAUACAGAACGAUAUUAUGCUUCACUAAAAAUUCAAAUAAUGACUUAGUAAUAUAAUGCUUGAAAGAUCUAUGCCGCUAUGGCUUUGCUUUCAAAUGUACGCAGUUAAGAUGAAAGUUGGCUAUCUAGGUGCCAUGGUGGAAGAUAAAUUUCCGCUUUCAGGUAAACAUUCGCAGCGAUUUCGUAUUGUGACUUUUCAGGGCAUGAUGCGCGAUGCAUUUGCAUGCUCUAUGAUGUCGACAAAUUUCAAAGCCUUAUAAGCGAGCAAAGACUUUAUGUGGGGAUGUCUUCAGUCUUCAUAAAUUACAAAAAAAAAACUUUUUUUGUAUGCAUAUGAAUAUUACAGUACAGUUAACGGUAGCGUUCGUUCGUCGAAGUAAUUGCUCUUUUAGAUUAUUACUUAAAGCUGUUAAUAAAAAAGCAAUAAAAACGAAUAUGUCGGAAAGUGCUAAUGUGCGACAAAAUUUGCAAAAUCUCCCCUCAAUAUUUGAGUUAACUGCCGCGGAAACUUUAGACAAUCUUAUUUAUCCAGCUUUAAGUAAAAUCUUUGAUUACCUUGGUUUGCGUUUGGAUGUUCAGAUUUAUGGCACUACACAGAAUGUCUGGCAUAUACGCGAGCUCACGCCCUUUAUUACCUGGAGCUUGCAAUAUUUAUAUUUGCGAAAACGUGGAGCUUCCUUCGGAGAAAGCUUUUAUGGCCUGCUGCGAAAGGAUUCGUCUACAGGAAAGAUGCUUGACACAAAGAAUCAACUUUUAUCAGCCACUUUGCUUACCAGCUGGUCAUACGCCGAGAAGAAAUUACUAAACAAAGAACAAAAUAGAGAUAUUAGUAAAUGGCAAAAAAACUUAUUGAAUUGCUUGCGUAUUUAUAAAGUUGUCAAAAUAGCUCACAUUGUCACGUAUUUAAUGAAAUAUACCAAUUCUCAUUCGCCCGUAUUUAAAAUGCUAGGUUUUUUUUUAACUUAUCCUAAUGAAAUUGUCUGCGAAAAUAAAACUACUUACAUUUUUUUGAAACUCUUGGAAGUGACUGCGUUCUUUCUGCAGUUUAUACAAUGGUGGUAUUCCAGUGAUCAAAAGCGGAAAGUGGGCGGUAGUUUGAUAAAUCCUGAGCCGAUAAAAUUCGAGGAAAUGCCAGAAAAAAUGGGUGUGGUCAAAGGUCGUUGCCCUAUAUGUUUAAUGGAAUUGAGUAAUCCCACUGCAUGUGCGACAUCAGGUUAUGUGUAUUGCUGGAAGUGCAUCAUUAAUCAUUUGAGAGCAAAGGCUUCAUGUCCAACUAGCGGCUAUGGCAUAACCUACAACGACUUGAUUCGCAUUUACGAUGCUUAAGUUAAGUUUAUUUCCAUUUUUAAUAA